AGACAAAAACAGUGGACACACACAGGAUAGUGUAUUUUUGGAAACCGACUAACGGACCUCGCGGCAGGCUGAAGACCACCGUAUCAUGAUUAAACAUAGCUGUGUGUAUUAAACGAGCUCUGGACAAGAUUGGACUCAUAGCAAAUACGAAAGAAGAUCAAGAGCAGCAGAUGGACGGACCAAGUCGGGAACAAAACAAACCGUUGUCACCCUGACUACACGAGUGGCUGAAUCAUUCACAGGCUAGCCAACCAUCACACUGUUGGCUUAGGUAGUUAGCUUACAUGUAGGUAUUUUAAAUGCAUUAGUUAUCUAACGAAUACGUGUCUACUAAAUUUUAAACUGCUUUCUUUUAUUUAACAUGUUAUCGUGGUAGUGUAAGGUUACACAAGCGCCGUCCGUCAGACUAGCAAGUUAGCAAGCUAAUGUUAGCUGUAGCUAACGUUACCCUUUCUUGAAUUGCUUGAGCUGCCUAGUAGCUAGUUACAGUUAUGUAGCUUAGGUUGCGAGACUGCAUUCGUUUCGGACAGUGUUUACUACAAGUAGCUCGUCAGUUGGGAGUGACCCUAAGAAUGUGAAGCACAAUGGCCAAUCUUGAAGCUUACCAGGAGUAUCAGAGAAUUGAGGACUUUGAGGAGGACUCGCCACCCGGGGAGGAGGAUUUACUGGUGCAUGUGCCUGAAGGCCUGAAAGAUUCAUGGCACCAUAUCAAGAACCUGGAUAAUUUCUUCACAAGGAUCUAUCAUUUUCAUCAAAAGAAUGGCUUUGCUUGUAUGAUGUUGUCAGAGUUCUUUGAACUUGUUCAGCUUUUGUUUGUUGUCACAUUCACAACGUUCCUCGUCAACUGCGUGGAGUAUGAUGUCCUUUUUGCCAAUCGAGCAGUCAACCACACCGGGCCAGGCCAGAACCCCUUGGACAGGAACAAAGUCACUCUCCCAGAUGCCAUCCUGCCUAGCCAGCAGUGCACUCAGAGGAUUCAAGAGAACAGCUGGAUUAUAUUUCUUCUCAUCAUGGCAGCCAUCUUCUGGAUCUAUCGACUUGUUAAAGUCUUUUGCAAUGUUCUGAGCUACUGGGAGAUCAGGCAGUUCUACAUCAAAGCACUGAAGAUCAGAAUGGAUGAACUAUGCAACUUCACAUGGCAGGAAGUUCAGGACCGGCUCAUCAGCCUGCAGCGAGAACAGCAAAUGUGCAUACACAAGAAAGAGCUGACAGAACUUGACAUCUAUCACCGCAUCCUGCGAUUCAAGAACUACAUGGUGGCCAUGAUAAACAAAUCACUGCUGCCAGUGCAGCUGCAGCUCCCCCUGCUGGGCAAUGUGGUGUUCCUCACCCAGGGCCUCAAGUACAACUUUGAGCUCAUCCUCUUCUGGGGUCCUGGCUCUCUGUUUCAGAAUAAAUGGAACCUGCACCCCAAGUACAAGCGGAAUGGGAACCGCCUAGAGCUUGCCCAGCAGCUUAGCAGAGUCAUCCUGCUAAUGGGUUUGGCCAAUUUGCUGCUGUGCCCAUUCAUCCUGGUGUGGCAGGUGCUGUACGCUUUCUUCAGCUAUACAGAAGUGAUCCGCAGAGAACCUGGAAGCCUGGGUGCACGGCGCUGGUCCCUGUAUGGUCGCCUAUACCUGCGUCACUUCAAUGAGCUGGACCAUGAGCUGCAUGGACGUCUAGGUCGUGGCUACAAGCCCACUUCCAAAUACAUGAAUUCCUUUACAUCACCACUGCUGACUGUGCUUGCAAAGAACUUUGCCUUCUUCUCAGGCUCAGUAUUGGCUGUUCUCAUUGCACUGACAGUCUAUGAUGAAGACGUUCUGACAGUGCAGCACAUUCUGACUGCUAUCACUGUGCUGGGGGUGGUUAUUACUAUUGCCAGGUCCUUCAUCCCAGAUGAGCAUAUGGUGUGGUGUCCAGAACAGCUGCUGCAGUGCAUGCUGGCACACAUUCACUACAUGCCAGACCACUGGAGGGGCAGUGCUAACAAGAGUGAGACCCGUGACGAGGUGGCACAGCUGUUCCAGUACAAAGCGGUGUUUAUCUUGGAGGAGUUGCUCAGUCCCAUCGUCACACCCUUCAUUCUCAUCUUUCUUUUGAGGAACAAGUCUCUAGAGAUCAUUGACUUCUUCAGAAACUUUACUGUGGAGGUAGUUGGAGUUGGAGACAUCUGUUCCUUUGCACAGAUGGAUAUCAGACGCCAUGGAAACCCAACAUGGAUGUCGGAGGGCCAAACAGAGGCCUCUGUAUACCAACAGGCUGAGAAUGGCAAGACAGAAUUGUCCCUCAUGCAUUUCACCAUUAAGAAUCCACGCUGGCAGCCGCCACAGGAGAGCUCAGUGUUUAUCAGCCAUCUAAAGGAGAAGGUGCAUCAUGAUGCGCAGGGUGGCCCCUCCACCCAGCUGCUGCUUUCUGAGGCUCCUCUCUGCACCUCACUGCAAUCCAAUGAGUCUGCCACUGGGCCUGAUAAUCUGUUGGCCAGUGUCCUGGCCCACCCCAUUCUAACUGCAUCCGGACUACAAGGACGAGACCAUCACUUCAUCCCACCAAGCACCGCUGCAUCUGCUGCUGCCAGUGUCCUGGCCUCUUUGUCCACCUCCCAGCUUGCACAUACCAGCCGCGGCCGUUCACAGGGUCUCCUGCCCUCCUCCGUCCACCCCGAGAGCACCAUGUACCGCAGUGAUCGCACCAUCAUUGACAGUAUGUCCAACAGUGACUCACGCAUCCGGAGCAAUCCACUGCACUCAGAAUUCGCCUCUGCAGAGAUGAGCCUCCAUGCCAUCUACAUGCAUGAGCUCCACCAGCAGAGCUCCCACCCACAGAGAAGUUCAGGGCAGUGGCAGAGCUCAGUGCCAAUGAGAGAUCUGCACACAAACACUGGCUUCCAGGCACAUAGUGGUCUUGGUUCCAGCAUGUCCAUGCCCACCGUUGUCCACCUUGGCGGCUGGCAGGAGGAGGAAGAGGAGGAUGAGGAUGAAGAUGAUCAGGAGAUUAACAGUGGAUCUACUCCAAAGCAGGGCACCAGGAGUAGUUGUUGAAGUGCCUUAUGUCAUAAGGUAUAUACUUAAUUUUUAAACUCUAAGAUGAUACUUGUCCACGAUCUAUGCUUUGUGAUUUUGUAUUCUGUGACAUACUAGUUUGUUGCACCUAACAACAAUGGCCUUUUAUCCGACAAAGGAUAAUUUGCCAUGAUAAUUUCUCUUCUCUUUUUUUUUUUUUUUUUAUAGUGUUUACAUUUUACUUUCUUCGAUGAACAUUGUGGCCUUAGAUGAUCUUCAUGGAGAAUUUAGCAUGGACCUUUAAAACAACAUUCAUUCAUUAGUGGGAGGGGCUCACUGAAUAACCACUGUCCUUGCACCUCCACGCCUCAUCCUGUCACAUCAGGCAGACUAUGGCAUCAGGGAAACCAUAUGUCUUCCGUCCGUUUCAUCAAGAUCUUAUAAUAAACAUGUACAGACAACUGCAAAGUAUAUGUGACAUAGAGACAAUAUAAUGUAUCCAUAGGAUAAUUGUGGGAUAAUGGAUGUGGGCACUUUUAUUGUGGAAUGCAAAAGGCAAAGGUUCAUCACAACUUCUCCAAAGCCUCUGUGUGCAUGAUUCAUCUAUUUUGUGCAUCACAAGGUUUUACAGUGUGAAUCUGAUUGAACAUUUCACAGAGUGGCGUCUUGGUCUGUGCUACAGAGACUGCAAGCUGUAUGUUAGCUGCCUGAACAAUUUUGAUCAUCUGGAGAAAAAAAAAAAAAAAAUACAGUAUUUCAAGUUGUGCUGUUUAACCCUGGUGAUUUGUAAAUACACUUUUUUCGUCUUACUUAUUCUUUAAAAGUCCACAUUUUUACUACCAGAUCUAAUCCUUUAAAAAGAUACCAAGUAUUGAUAUGAUAAAGAGCUGACUGUACAGUGGCUGUACAACUUCAACACCAUGUGUACCUAGCAAAAGCCGAUUGGGUUUGAUAAAAACACGUCUUUAAACUAGGCAUACACAUGCUUUGAUGCUGCUCUCUGUGUUUAGUGAUCCUAAGUGCAGAUUUUGUCCAGUAUUAAUAUUUCGACAGCUGAUCUAUCAAGGCAUUGCUUUUUCUUAAAAACAGGAGUGAAAUUUGGCCUCCAAGUACAGUUGGCAUCAAAAUCUCAAUGCAGAUAGAAGAUGUCUUUUUAAUUCUCUUUAGGCUGGACACAAAGUCAGCUUUAUGCCUUAACACCCAUAUAAACAUAUGUAUUUAAAUCCAAGUUUUCCAUAUUACCUCAGUGGUGGUGAAGAAAAACUAAUACUCCAAUCAGUACCUCUGCAGUGUAUUUACUCGUGUAAAUAUAUACUCAUAUUUUUUUUUUGCAGUGUACAGAUGCAUCCUUUAACUGCAUUUUGGUUUUUAAUGGCUGGUGUAAAUGGAACCCAUUUCGUUUUCUGUUCCUAUUUCUUGUCCAGAAGAUGUUUUAAGUCAGAUAUCCCAGAAACGAUGGGGAGGAAUCUUUUUCUUUUUUUUUUUUAACAACAAAACAGGGUGGUAUUGCUUUUACAAAUCUUUGUUGUGCACAUCAGCAUUUUGUUUGUGUCCAUUUCCCAAAAAGCUCACAUAUAAAUGGAAGUUUAUCAUAAGGGCUGAUGUCAGAGCGUAUGCUGUAGCUUCUGCAGCUUUAGGUUUUAAGAUUUUAGGACAGGACAGUUCCUCUCAGGCUUUAUAUUUUUUCAGGCUUUACACUUUCAAAGUAAGAGCAUGAGGAGAAAAAAGCCUUUCCACAGUCAGCAUCAUUUGUUCGCUAUAAGAGUAUUUAUUACCUGUUUUCCCCCAGAUAUUUAAUUGAUAUAUAUGUAUUAUUUAUUUCAACAAAAAUAGCUAGAUUGUUUUGUCAAAUGAUUUACUUUCAUAAAAGCUUAUAAUCUUAUUCAUGAAAGAAAUGGCAUGUACCCCCCCUCACUAACAGUAGUUUCAGAAAACAAAUUUUACUUUUAAAGUUGUGAUAUAAAGGUUUUAUUAAUGCAAAAAUAACAUGCCCAGCUGCCUGAUGUUGAAUGUGAUUUAAACUUAAAAUAAACUGGGACUAAAUCUAGUUGUUGCUGUAGUGCGUAAAAUAUCACUUUUAUCUAUUUUUGUUGCAUUCUACAAAGAUCACAGUAACAUAGAUCUCAUCCUCCACUACUGCAAGACUUUAUAGGGUACAGAUAUGUCUGUGCCGUCUCACGUGUUAAGAAACUAUUCCACUUUCUUUGUGAGUGUUUGUGUGUCUGUAGAAGGAAUGCAUUUUGACACCUGCUUAGUUAUGCUAACAUAAACUCAGAACUUUGCACUGAAAAAACAAACCAUUUUUUAAAAUGUUUAUGAGUGUGUGUGUGUGUGUAUAUAUAUAUAUAUAUACAUAUAUAUAUAUAUGUGUGUGUUUAUAUAUACACACACACACACACACACACACACACAUAUAUAUAUACAUAUAUAAUAUGAUAUAAAUAUACAGUACUUGCAUCAGUUACACUUUAGAAAGGGCAGGUCUCAAAAGGGACACAGAGUCAAUCUCCAUCCUAAACGACCUCUUCUCAUUUUUUGUAUAUAAGCAUAGCAUCAGCACAUAUUGUAAUGUCAUUGUCCACAGCAGACCAUCUGGAAACACUGUGGCCAAUCACAUAAGGUCAUUCUUACCUCUGGUUAGUAAAAAGUUUGCCCUGUAGGGGAUGAUGUGUGUUUCUGUCACACACUUACAUACAUGGGUAUUGUGGUCACUGUUUAUUUAUGGUUCAUCUUACAAAUGCAGUGAGUUGAUGUUGCAGAGACACUGGAGCUCAGCUUUGUGCACAGAGUCUCCACAUGUACACCUCACUGUUGUGUUUGUCAUUUUAUUUUCAGCAGUGCCUUAGUGUUAAGGAUUAGUGUUCAUUCUUAUUAGAAGCCAUUUCAUGUAAACCAUCAGAUGCUUGCUUUCACAAAUUUAGCAGCACAUACUAUGUACAGUAUUUUUGUUUGGCAAGUCAUUGUGUAAAGCAUCAUGUAUGUAGUGAAAUUGUGGAUGUGGCUUGUAAGAUGAGUUGCAAACUGACCUUGAGAUCUUGUGUCAGUCUGUUGCAUCUGACAGUGCACUUCUUCUCAACAUGGUGUCUAAACUUGCACUGUCUCGAAAAUCCUAAAGAAGCAGGAGUAUGCCUUGUAAUUGGCAGUGUCAUCAUGGCCAACCUUCUCAUCAUACUAUGGUCUCUUAUACACUAUACACCAGUCUAAAAAUCACAGUGACUGGAACAAGGUGCUAAGUUUUCAUCCUGAAAUGUUUAAUAUGUUUUAAGACAUAUUUUGGUUUUUCUGGUACAUUGGUUUGUCUGUUUGUUUUGUUCUGUAAAUGAAGAAACACUAGCUGAAAAAUUAAACAUGCCAAAUGAACUUGUUUUCAGCACAGCUUUACAAGACGUGUUGUUUCCUGUGAGUGAGUAGAGAGGCAAAUAAAUCUUAUUUUGAGUGUAUUUAAUCAUUUCAUGUGUGGAUCAUUAUGUGACGUUUAUUUGAAAUAAAAAUAUAUUUUAAUUUUCUCUCUGUUCUGCAUUGUUGUUGCUGGUUUGCAGUGUCAGCAAGUGAAAGAAUACAAUGUCUGUCCCAGACUGAUUCUAUUGGUGAUGAUGUUGGCCUUCAAGAGGUAACCUUUUGUAUCACAACAUUAAUUUAUAUUAAGUUUUUUUUUUUAGCAUGGUUCCAUGUCAUGGCUCAAAGCCGCUUCAGUCUGUCUGCCCUACUGCAUGGAUUGCCAUGAGAUUUGCUACAGACAUUCAUGGUCCCUAUAGGAAUGAAUUGUGACGAGUUUGGUGAACUUUUGACAGUGUAUCUAGAACCACCAUCAACACUACAUCACUUAGCAGCAUGUUAAAUAACUUAUGUUUACAUGUAUUCACAGUUGAUACAAAAUAUGACUGAGGCUGAUGAAGAAGGGCUCUGUACGUUAUGUCUGUGAUGUUCCAAACUGGUCGCUGUACAGAGAAUAAACUACCAAACUGACUUGGUCAACUCCCAGGGCGAGUUUCAUAAAAGACACUGUGGUAAACAAAUGCAAGUUGCAUGAAAAGCAAAACAUGGACCUGUUGUUCCACACCUUUUGGCUGAUGUCAGUCUGAUGGUUGUGACCAACUAAAGAGUGAUUUUUAUCAAAGGAAGUAAAAGUAGCCUGUUCUUUACAAAAAUGAAAAACAAAUCUUUGUGUAUGUUUUUUUUUUUUCUUCUGUAUUCCUCUCCUCUUAAUAAUCUUGUAACCUCUUCUAUUCAUCUAAACCCUCAGGUUGCAAUUCACAAACGAGGACAACACAGCAUCAUAUGUAAUCUCAAAUGUUUCGAUUGCUUUUAAUAUAAGCUGAUUCCUGGCGCAAGUAUACCAUAGGUACACUUUGUUAUAUGCAUUUGGUUUGAUGAUAGGUUCCCUCAUUCUAACAUUUUGAAAAAGUAAUUUUUGUAGAUUGGUCUUUGUCCUCAUUUUAGAACAGUUUGGGUGACUUGUUUCCUGUCUUCUGUGGCAGCAGCUCAUUGUCCCUUGUUAACCCUGUUGUCUUAUUUCUGACACUACUGUAAAUGGUAUCUGCAUUGUAAAUAAACACCACAUGUUCCUA